AUGCUCCUCCCUGAGGGCCCUCAAGUCUGCGGCUUCUUAAUCGACCUGGAUAUCUCUGAUGUUACCAAGGAACUAGGCGUACCUCGGAGAUGUUGGCAACUGGUACUCCAGGGUUCAUGGCCAUCAGCGCCCUCCAAGCGAUUCCCAGGAACGGUACUCUCACGUACUACGCGUCUGACGACCAACCCCGCCAUGUGCGAAAGCUUGAGGGAGAUAUACCAUGAAGCUUUUGGACAACACCUCUCUAUCACGAGAAUUGUCAGCAAUAGAAGGGCCGUUUUUAUCGACUGUCACCCCGUAUGUUGGCUACCGAACCUGCUCAACCCGACGUGCGAGACUCCAGCGGAGGACCAGAAGCCUCGACAGGAACAGUUGUUCUGA